AUGGGCGAUCUGCGCGACGUUGCUCCGGACAUGCGAGUUUUGUCUGUCCCGGGGCUUUCCGUAUUGGCAGAGACGACCACUAGCGAGGGUCGCGAGCCCGACAGCGGCAGCCCGAUGAGCACGCGCGACAUCAUCGACCGGAUGGCCGAGAUCCUGCUCGCGGGCUCUGAGACCACGUCGGACACCAUCACCUGCCUCUUGCUCGAGCUGGCCCGCAACCUGGACGUGUGCGCCGAGCUUCUGGCCUCGAUGGAGCCCCAGGCCAUCCACGGCGACAGCCGGGCCGCCGCCCCAGUACGAGUACUUCGAGGCCUGCAUCAAGGAGAACCUGCACCUGCGCCCUAUCGCAUCCGAGAUGGGCCGCGGCACGGGAACCAGUGGGAUACGCUUAUGGGCUACAACCUGGCGCCCCACACCGUCGUGUUAGCCUUAUGCCGCGACCUGCACCGAAACGGGUAGCUGAAAAAAAAUCAAAAUAUGCUAAACAUUCAAAGCACGAAAAGAAACAAGAACUAUCUCCCGUCCUUAAAUAUCGACACUAGCCCUACGACUGACGGAGAAGCUCAUGCUCCUACGGAUCCGGUGGUCCUCAUCCUCCUCCGCGUGCAGCUGCUCCCCCGGCAGCCUAACGGCCCGGUCCAGCGCGACCGGCAAGCCUCUGUGACGGCCCCGGAGC